AUGUCGACUGCGAGUGGAAUCCAUACUGGUUGCUCGCGGAACCGCACAUGGCUGCUCGGUCGAGUCGGGACUCCAGGCCCUAACGAUAUCUCGUGUCCCACUUCGUUGGUCGAACUCGCGUUCGGCGCGCUUAUCCCCGCUGUAAGCGCAUACCAUUCGCGAGAAGCCGCUAGAAUAUUGCAACCUGCACAACCGUCAACUGUUUCUUCUGAGACGUCUCAAAACAAAGACGCGGGGAACGCGUUCGCGCAAACCGCGGAACCGCCGGCUGCGGAUGCGGAGAAGGAGGCGGAGAAGGCGGAGAAGGAGGCGGAGCGACACGGUGCGCGUGUGGCGUGGAAGUGCGAGCGACUGCUUCAAGUCCUCAACGCGUGCCUUUCGGAGCUCGACCCUUGGAACGACGCGGACGGAGACACAGACGACUAUAAUCGCAGCGCGAUUGGUCAAAGCCACGUGUCGUCCUCUAUAGUCACCUCCAGUUCUAUCGCUAGCAGCAGCGCGCGCGGCAGCAGUAUGUUCGGCGGAAGCAGGGGGGUCCUCAGCCGCAGCGCCACCCGCCCAUACCGCCCAUCCGCAGGGACGGGCGGAGGGGCAGGCGGAGGGGGGGGAAGGAUUAGUGGCAUUGCGAGGGCGGUUAGUCUAGGGAGUGACGUGGGGGCAGUGGCUGUCCCCGUUAUUGGCAAACAGCAGUUUCAUCAGAAGUCUGGCGGGACAACUCCUGGCGGGAGCAAGGGCACGUCCCCGAUACACAUUGCAGAGGUUCCCGUUAUAAGGACGGAGCCUUUCAGUAGAGCGGGCGCUGCUGCAUACCUGCAACGGUUCCAUUCUCCCCAGGUAGCCUCCCCAGCCCCACCAGCAGGAGCAGCAGCAGCAGGAGGAGUUGCAACAGCAGGUGGAGCAGGGGGAAUUGCGGAUACGCCUCCUCACACGCACGUCCGCCGUCGAUCCGCGGACUUGCGCUCGAACCGCUCCCUCUCGCACUCCUCCUCCGUCCCUGAUGGUGCUACAGACUCCACAGCCCCUAUUCUGGCUAGAGCCGGUGGCUCAGGGCCUAUUACGCCCCUGCUGCCCGCUUCUGCUUCCGUUCCCAGUGGAAGGGGAGGGGGAGGGGGAGGGGGAGGGGGAGGGGGAGGGGGAGGGUCUCCAGCGAGCAGUCCGGGUCGGGAUUGGUCGGAACAGCUGUCUGUCACUGACACGCCUUUCCUGCCCGGUUCUUCCUGCUUCGACCUCACGGCCUGCCCCUCUCUCGCACUAGAGUGGAACGAUCUCUUCUUUGCCGUACAGGACGCCAUGGCUGCGUAUGACACGCUGCUGCUGGCGCCGCUGACCACUGGCGCGCUGCCACGUGGCAGCGAGGUGAAGGAGCUGCAGCAGAUGGUGGAUGAGCUGGCAGGCAUGGCCCGGGACAGGAUGAACGGCUCAGAUGAGGGCGACGCCCGCCGCUGCCCCCUGCUGCUAGUCCGCCUCUUUGCCCUGCGGGUGAAGCAGGAGACGCAGCAGCUCCUGACCGUCUUCCCAGAGGCUAAGGAAGAGGAGCAGCAGACACCAGAGGCGGGGGCGAAGGGAGAGGAUGGAGAAACGAGGAGAGAAGGUGGAGCAGGGAAAGUCGAGCAGGCAGCAGAGACAGCAGCGAAAGCAGAGGCAGAGGCAGUAGCAGAGGCAGCAGCGAAACCUGAGACAGAGGUAGCAGUAGCACAAGGAACCCCGAUGGCAGAGAAACGUCAGCAGCAGCUGCAGCAGCUGCUAAAACUCCAGCAGCAAGCCGCCUCCUCUCUCCUCACAGAGAUCUCAAACGAGAUAGAGGAAAUCUUCUCAGCAUGUAAAGGCUCUCUGUACGGUCUCGGUAUUACCCAUGCUCGCUCCCUUGCCCGCCUCUCGCUUUUGGGAAAGGCCGUUCGCGCAGCAGCAGAAGGGGCAGGGGAGGAUGACCUCACGGUUCUGAGGGAUAACCAGGAGUUGGGAGGAGUUCAGAGGAAGGUGGGCGGGGAGGUGCCUCUGCUGGUGUGUCCUCAAAACGACUGGGCUAGGCUGAGUGCUGAGUGUGACAGUACCGAAGGGGGCGCGUUAAAGGAGGUGAUUGUAUGGGAAGACGGAAUGGGAGACCUGCGAAGUCUGUUCAAGUCAGCAGCAGCUGCUACUGCUGCCGCUGCUCCUAGUCCUGCCGGUGCCGCUGGUGGUGGGUUCAGUAGCAGGAUGUUUUCAGGGAAGGAUGAGAAGGAGGAUGAAAAGGAGGAUGAGAGCAGCAAGGAGGUAUCACCCCGGUCUCCCAGGGGGCCGUUGGCUCGAGAUGAUGAGAGCAGGAAGAGCAGCAGCGGCGGCAGCACCGUUGGCAAACCUGCAGCAGCCUCACGCGAAACUUUUAGUCAUGGGGCAACUUUUUCCAUGGCGCAAGGCAGCAGCCGCUCCAACCAGCGCCUGUGCUCGCAAAUUCUAUUAGAUCGCAUAUCAGAUCUGAUUUGGUACACCAAGUGGGUGGGGUGUAGCGAUCCGGACGAUCUCCCCUUGGCGUGUAUCCCCUCUGUAGUGCCGGUGACCAUGCUUCUUAACGAGUUGGGGGCUCCUAGUGGUGCAGGCACCCCCACAGGCCGAUCGAAUCUUCCCGGCACUCCCACCACCCCUUCCGCUGCUGCUAUAGCAGCCCAGCGUGAAGGGAAAAUAGGCGGGCAGAUUGGGAGUACCAUACUGGAGAGCGGCCGAAGCGAUGCCACAGGUUCGGACGGCAGCAGCUUCAGCUUCGGGAAGCUGUCCGGCCGAGCCUCCGACCGAGCCUCCGACCGAACCUCCUGCCCGACCCCGGGCCUGGCCCAACCCGGUGCCAACCCUUGGGCUCGCAUGGGAGGGCCCUUUGGAACAGGCUCGGGAAGCAUGGGCAUGGGCAUGGGGAUGGGGAUAAGCAUUGGAGUGAUGGGUGCGGGGUUGUCUCGGCAAAUACCUUUGGAAGAAAUUUUAGCAGCGACUGACUCGUGGGAUCCGAGGAGAAAGCUUGGAGAGGGCGGGUUCGGGUGUGUUUAUAGAGGGGAUGCUGCUAACGGGGAGGUGUGGGCUGUGAAGCGUGCGAAUACUGUCUCGGAUGAGCAGCUGGAGGAGUUUGAGAAAGAGGUAUCCUUUAUGAGUCGCAUGGCCCACCAGCAUCUCGUGCGACUCAUAGGCUUCUGGGCGGACUGUGAUGAGCACAUUCUCGUUUAUGAGUUCAUGCACAACGGCAUGCUCUCCUCCCGCCUCCACCGCACCUCCUUUCAUCUCGCCGCCUCCUCCGAAGCCCACGCCAAAGACAGCAAGCCGUUUUUCAAGCUCUACCCGUCUUCUGCCUCGACGAGCAAGGCCGCUUCUGCUGCUGCUGCUCGUGCCUCUGACCUCCCGCCUCCUCUGACGUUUGACGAGAGAGUGAGCAUUGCCGUAGGGGCGGCAGAGGGGCUUCGAUAUCUGCACGAUUUCGCUGCCGAUUCCGUGAUCCACCGCGAUAUCAAAUCAGAUAAUAUCCUCCUCACGGAUAAGCUCCAGGCGAAGAUCGCGGAUUUCGGGUUGCUGAAAUCGGCCGAUCUAGGAGGACCAGGAGGGGGCGGUGCGGGGGUAAACCACACCCGACUCAUGGGCACCCCGGGGUAUUGCGACCCGGAAUACUCAAAAACCUACGUCGCGUCGGCUAAAAGUGAUGUUUAUAGUUUCGGCGUGGUGCUUUUGGAGCUGAUUACUGGGCAGCGGGCGAUUUUAUCUGAGAAUAGAAAGAAGGGCAUAGCAGGCAGCAUGGCGGCGCUGCUGUGGCUGAGACCGGGCGUGGGGGGAAAGACGCAGCAGCAGAAGGAGAUGGAGAUGCUGGGAUUUAAGAAGAACAAGAAAUCGAGCAUGCGGGCGAUAACGACGCUUGUCAGCUGGGCCAUUCCUCUGAUCGCAGCAGGCAAGCUUAAGUCAGUAGUAGACCCUGCCCUCGAGAACAACUAUCCACUGGGAGCAAUGAAAGCCCUCGCCAGCGUGGCAGCCAUGUGCGUCCAAAAGAGUGCCGCCCAGCGGCCCACCAUGGCUGAGGUGGCGACUCGCCUGUCUGCCAUCCAGCACAAGGUGCAAGACCUGCACAUUCAGGGGGAAGAGCCCAAGUAUAACUUCCAGCCCACACUUGCCGGCCCGUUGCCUACCUCUGCCUCUACUGGUGGUGGUGCUGCUGGUGGUGGUGCUGCUGGUGGUGCUGUUGUUGUUGCUGGUCGGUGGGGGAGUGGGGGAGGAGGAGGAGGAGGGGGAGGCGGAGGAGGAGGAACAGGGGGGUCUGGUUCAACCAGUAGCAGGAGCUUCAAUCGAACAGUGUCGGCACCGGCUCAGCGGGCUGAGCAGGCAGGGGGUGGGAGUGGGAAGGAGAAGAAGAAGCAUCGGUAUCAGGAGGUGGGUAGGCCCGCAGGGAGCAAGGAGGGGACGGGAGAGAGUGGGAAGGAGGGUGCUGUUGGGAGGGAUGGGAAAGGCAAGGGGCUGUCGCGGCGGGAAUCGACUAAAAGCUCGAGUAAAUCGAGUCUUCCUCUUCUUUCUGCUGGUGAUGCUGUAGAGUUUAGCGCGCAACAUGUUACGAACAGAUACAUGGCUGGGGGGGCUGGGGGGUUUUAA